AUGAAAAUUAAUACCAGCAUCCUCGCUCUUACUUUGGCGCUGCUCCCGGGCAUGGCCACCGCCGGUCGAAAAUGGCUCAAUAAAAAGUUAUGGGAUGCCAAUGGUCAAAGCGCCGGCUCAGUGUCUAUUGUAAAGGGCGGGCAAGGCUCUAUAAACACCGACACGGGUCCCAUCACUGCCGAAGGCAGUUAUGACAUCUAUGAGCGUAAUGGCAAAAUCGAAGGUGGGCCCCCGGGUUACAAAUAUACGGAAGACCGCUACGAAGAUCGAAAGGAUGAUCGCUAUUACAACACCCACGGAAUCACGUCGGCGAUGGACCAGCCGAAUAUGGAAAUUAUGGAGGUGGGCAUUGGGGCGAUGGAUACUAUGGUCCUCCAGGGGAGUUUGUACAGACCAGCGAAUACGAAUAGUGAAUAG